CUCCGCUCGAUGAUUUACUGCUCAGAUCUCAUGGGGAAGAAUAUCUCAGCUCUUUCAUAAUUUGCUGAACCUGGUAAACCGUAAAGCUUAGCUUUCUUACUGUGAGUAGCCUGCAAUGUUUGCUUUUUCCAGUUCAAGACUAUCUUUAAAUAAGAUUGUUUCUCUGUUUGUCUCAAAUGCCCAACUGGAUAUUCUUCCCUUUCACUCAUUAUUUGUAAUCAAAUCCUUUUCAUCUAGGGUAUCUUCUAAUUUGAAUGACCACUCAUUUACAGUUUCCUUUCUCAUAAAUUCAUGUGGAUUAACCCUAAAAUCUGCUCAAUCUGUCUCUAAGAAAAUAUGUUUUAAUACCCUAGAAAGACCAAAGUCAGUACUUAGGCUUCUCAGGGAACAUGGAUUCACCAAUUUCCACAUCUCCAAAAUUGUUAAGAUCAGGCCCAAUGUGCUUUUACUACAUCCUGAAAGGACAAUUUUACCCAAACUUGAGUUUCUAUGUUCUAUAGGGGUUUCAAGAUCAGACCUUUCCGUAAUUGUUUCUCAGAACCCAGAUUUGUUGAAUCGAAGUAUAAAGCAAAAUCUGAUCCCACAUUAUCAUAUCCUCAAAAGUAUACUCGUUUCUGAUGAGAAAGUUAUUAAAUGUUUGAAACGCUUGUUAAAAUCUUCUGUAGUGCUUUCGCAGAACGACUUCUAUGCCAAUUUAUCACUUUUAAGAGGGCUUGGAAUGCCUCAAUCUUCCAUCUCUUUCUUGGUCACCUAUCAUCCCCUUAUUGUGUGCCUAAAAGCUUUCAAUUUUGCUGAAGGGGUUAAGAAAGUUGUUCAAAUAGGAUUUGAUCCUUCCAAACCUACGUUUGUUAGGGCAGUCCAAAUUUUGCUUGGGUCGUCGCAGAAAACAUGGGAACACAAAAUUGAGGCUUAUAGGAGGUGGGGUUUAUCUGAAGAAGAGAUUUCGUCAAUUUUCAGAAAGAGUCCCUUAAGUAUGGGUCUCUCUGAAAAGAAAAUUAUGUGCAACAUGAAUUUUCUUGUGUGCAAGAUGGGUUGGCAGCCUGCUGCCGUUGCUAGAGUUCCAGUUGUUCUGUGCUAUGGUUUGCAGACAAGGAUUAUGCCUAGAUGUUCAGUCAUAAGAGUUUUGCUUUUGAAGGGUUCGAUCAAGGCAGAUAUCCCUAUAUCCUCGGUCUUGACUAGUUGUGAAAAGUACUUCUUGGAAAGAUUUGUGAUCAAGUAUCUGGAUCAGGUGCCUCAAUUAUUGGAUAUCUUUCAAGGAAAAAUGAGGCUUACAGAACUUGGCUUUGGUUUUGAUGAUAAAUCUGUGAUUCUGGAUUAGGAAAAAUAUAGCAAGCAAUUUUCUGAUGACUCUGAUAAUAUUAUGAAUAGUUUUGAUAACUGAAUUUCACUUUUCAUUAUUGUCUUGGAUGGCUGCUUUUUUUUUUUGGCUUAAC